AUGGGGAAUACUUUCCUCAACUUGGCUCUUCUUAUCAUCUUCCAUUUUUCCAUGGCUACUAUCUCUAUGAAAUUAACCACCAUACUUACAGAUCAAUCAGCUCUUCUAGUACUAAAAGAUCAUGUUAUUCAUGAUCCUGCAAAUGUCUUGACAACUAGCUGGUCAGCCUCUGCCCUGUUUGCAAUUGGUUUGGUAUUACCUGUCCAGUUAUCCAAUUUGCAACGGCUGAAAUAUUUAAGCUUUGGUAUCAACUACUUCAGUGGAGAAAUCCCAUCAUGGUUGGGAUCAUUAACUGAACUUCGAACGUUGUUUUUGUACCAAAACAACUUCAAAGGUGUUAUUCCAUUCUCUUUAGGCUAUUUGUCAAAGCUAGAGGCCUUGUAUUUGUUUGAAAACCAGAUUUCAGGUUCAAUACCCUCCUCCAUCUUUAAUAUAUCUUCGUUGCAAAUAAUUAAUCUAAGUGAUAAUAUGCUCUCUGGCUCCAUACCCUCUGUUCCACGUGAUUUGCAUUCGCUAGAAUUGAUUGAUUUCACCACCAAUAAUCUCACUGAUCAUAUGCCAAAAGAUAUGUUUGAUCAUCUUCCAAAUUUGAAAGAAUUGUUCUUGAGUUUUAACCUGCUUUCUGGUAGAAUUCCUGCAAGGUCCAUUCCUGAUAAUCUAGGCAAUCUAAGAAAUUUAAAGAUUCUCACCGUGGAGAAUAAUAGUUUAACUUCCUCAGGAAUGAGCUUUCUCUUUUCUUUGACAAUCUGUAGAGUCUUGGAGAACUUUCUUUUCUGUAGCAACCCAUUUAUUAGUGGUGAACUUCCAAGAGUGGUAGGAAAUCUCUCAAGUUCUCUUGAACUGUUCUCUGCUUAUUCAUGCAACAUCAGGGGUAGUAUCCCCAGUGAAAUUGGAAACUUAAGUCACUUGAUAAACAUUGAGCUAGGAGGCAAUCAAUUGAAAGGACAAAUUCCUACUACAAUUGGAGGAUUGGAAGAGUUGAAAAGUCUUUCUCUUGACGACAAUAAGUUAGAAGGAUCCAUCCCAUCUAAGUUAUGUCAUCUAAACAAAUUGGCUUUCUUGUUCUUGACCAAUAACAAAUUGUCUGGACCAAUACCUGCUUGCUUAGGUGAUCUCACUUCAUUAAGUGGUCCAUUGUCAACUGAUAUUGGAAAAUGGAAAGUUUUGACUAGUUUGGAUUUGUCGAACAAUCAGUUCUCAGGUGAUAUCCCAACUGGAGUUGCAGAUCUCAAGGACCUCACUGAUUUUUCCUUAUCCAAUAAUAGAAUCAUGGGUUCUAUUCCUGAGUCUUUUGAUGAAUUGUUGAGUUUGGAAUUCUUGGACUUGUCAAGAAAUAAUCUAUCUAGAGAGAUUCCCAAAUCCUUAGAGAAACUCUGCUAUCUUAAAUAUUUCAAUGUCUCUUUUAAUAGGCUUGAAGGAGAAAUUCCUGAAGGAGGAUCAUUUGAAAACUACACAAUCGAAUCAUUUAAGGGGAAUGAAGCCUUGUGUGGUGCAGCUCGACUUCAUAUUCUAAAUUGUAAAACAAGACAUCUUAGAAAUUCCAAGCUUCGUCAAGCUACUGAUGGAUUCAAUGAUAGUAGGUUGCUUGGUAAUGGAAGUUAUGGUUCAGUAUUCCAAGGGACUCUCCCGGAUGGGACAAUCAUUGCGGUAAAUGUCUUCAAGUUAGAGUUAGAAGGAGCUUUAAAGAGCUUUGAUGUUGAAUGUGAUGUUCUCCGCAACACUCGUUAUAGAAAUUUAGUCAAAGUAAUAAGCAGUUGCUCUAAUGAUCUUAAUUUCAAAGCGUUGGUGCUUGAGUUCAUGCCUAAUGGAAGUCUUGAUAAAUGGUUGUAUUCCAACAACCAAUAUUUGGAUAUCCUACAAAGGUUGAACGUAAUGAUAGAUGUUGCAUCUGCAUUGGAAUAUCUCCAUCAUGGAAAUGCAACACCAGUGGUUCACUGUGAUUUAAAACCCAACAAUGUUCUAUUAGAUGAAGAUAUGGUUGCUCAGUUGAGUGAUUUUGGCAUCGUGAAACUCUUAUGUGAAGAUGUUUCAGUGAUACAAACCAUGACAAUGGCAACAUUUGGAUAUAUGGCGCCAGUUGCUAAAGACUCUUUAGCUGCCGAGGUGGUUGCAAUUUUGAUUGCAUUGGAAAUGUUUUCAGCGAUGGGAUGGUUUGGUAAAAGCUCUUUAAUUAUUGAACUUGGCUCUAAAGAGGUAUGUUGCUGGUUAGAAAACAAUGGAUUGAGACCGUGGGGGCUACUUCCUUACUUCAGGGAAAUUGAUUCGAAGGUCGCCAGUUUAGGUAAUGUUUGUUUUGCGAUUGCAGUGAAAAAUGGUAAUGAUUUAGCGUUUGCUCUAGCGGUUGCUGGCAUUAGAAGUCUUGCACUUUUGUGGGGUUUUGUUUCGGGUGCUGGUUUUCACGGGGGCUUAUUUCCCCGGUUUUUGGUUUUUGUGUAUGCUCUUUGA